GUUUUCACACCCCCGACCUCUCCACUCCACAACGUCGAAGCAAACUCCUCGGAAAUUCCCCCUGCUCGUCCUCGCCCUCUACCUGACUGCUGCCUCCUCACUAGAAAUACCACACGUUCUGUCGUCACCCGACGCGCGCAGCAGACUACCGACUAACAAGCCAUUAGCCGUUAACCAAUUCCUACCGUGGCAGGGAGGACGCCGAGAGGCAGGGAAGAAGGAAGGAGGCAAGGUUGAGGCAGCUGCCAGCAAUGGAGAAGGCGCUCGACAGGCAGAGAAUCCUGCUGCGGCACCUGGAGCCCGCGGCCGGCGCCAACCCGACCGCCUCCGCCGUCUCCGCGAGCGUGUGCGCCGCGGGGGACAGCGCCGCGUACCACCGGGGUCCCUGCUUCGCCGACGACAUCGUCAUCGUCGCUGCCUAUAGGACAGCAAUCUGCAAGGCCAAGAGAGGUAGUUUCAAGGAUACACUCCCUGAGGAUCUCUUGGUGCCCGUAUUUAAGGCUUUGGUGGAGAAAACAAAGUUAAAUCCGAGCGAAGUUGGCGACAUUGUUGUUGGUACUGUUUUAGCUCCUGGGUCCCAAAGGGCAAUAGAAUGCAGGAUGGCCGCAUUGUAUGCGGGUUUCCCUGACACGGUUCCUCUGAAGACUGUAAACCGGCAGUGCUCUUCUGGCCUUCAGGCAGUCGCAGAUGUUGCUGCUGCUAUUAAAGCAGGGAUGUAUGAUAUCGGUAUUGCUGCUGGCGUAGAGUCGAUGACAGUGAACAAAGUUGAUCUUGUCGGGAAAGUGAAUCCCAAAGUUGAGCUAUUUGCUCAAGCACGUGAUUGCCUUCUCCCAAUGGGCCUUACCUCCGAGAAUGUUGCACAGCGGUUUGGCAUAACACGCAUGGAGCAAGAUCAAGCUGCUGUUGAGUCUCACAGGAAGGCAGCGGCGGCAGUUGCUGCUGGUAAAUUUAAAGAAGAAAUAGUUCCAGUUCAUACUAAGAUCGUGGAUCCAAAAACUGGUGAAGAAAAGGAGAUUGUGGUCUCCGCAGAUGAUGGAAUCCGAUCGAAUACCACACUGGCAGUCCUGUCAAAACUUAAACCAGCAUUUUCUAAGGACGGGACCACUACUGCUGGAAAUGCUAGCCAAGUAAGUGAUGGAGCUGGAGCUGUCCUACUAAUGAGGCGAGAUGUUGCUACACAGAAAGGUCUUCCAAUUCUUGGAAUCUACAGGAGCUUUGCUGCCGUUGGAGUUGAUCCAGCUGUGAUGGGUGUUGGUCCUGCUGUUGCUAUCCCAGCAGCAGUGAAGGCCGCGGGUCUUCAAAUUAAUGAUGUCGACCUUUUUGAGAUUAAUGAGGCUUUUGCAUCUCAGUAUGUGUACUGCUCCAAAAAGUUGGAUCUCGAUCCCGCAAAAGUCAAUGUUAAUGGAGGUGCAAUUGCUCUUGGACAUCCAUUGGGUGCCACAGGUGCGCGAUGUGUCAGCACUCUUCUCAACGAGAUGAAGCGCCGAGGCAAGGACUGCCGGUUUGGAGUAAUUUCUAUGUGCAUAGGUUCUGGGAUGGGUGCAGCCGCCGUUUUCGAGCGUGGAGAUGCGGUGGAUGAGCUGACGAAUGCCCGAGGGGUGCCCUCGCUUAACUGGCUUUCCAAAGAAACCGUGUAACUAUUUCUCAUGCAAAUUGUGUAGCUGCCACCAUUGUUCUCAAUUAUCAAAGCGGGCCGGGGCUAGGGAAUAAGUUGAUCCCGUAUUUGUAAUUCUUCUUGGGAUAUGAAAAAUCUUAUCAACGUUUGAGCUUAUUUGUUUCGCCA